AUGGGAUUGCAAAAGAAUUUUGGCCUAAUCUUUAAAGCCAUCCCAGAUGAAGCGCCUGUGAUGGGAGAACAUUUAAAAGUUGAAGAUUGUCCCUUCGAUGUCGACCAGAAACUCGAGAGCAACUAUGUCCUGGUACAGAGCCUUUUUGCGUCCAUCGACCCUUAUAUGCGCAGUUUGCUGGUUGCCCCUAGUUCGGACACCUACCAAGAUGCUUACAAGCUCAACGAACCCAUCUGGGGUUUAGCCAUUGCGAAAGUGCUUAGAUCAGAGUCGAAGCAAUUUCAGCCUGGCGAUGUCGUCUCUGGGCUUUUGCCAAUGGUGCAAUUUUCAUACGUAUAUACUGGAGACGACAAUAAGGGCGCAUUUAACAUUAGGAAACUCGAGAAUCCGUUCAACCUUGAAGAUUAUCGCCUCUUCCUCGGACCGCUUGGAAUGCCAGGCCUCACUGCCCUCUCGUCUCUCUACGACAUCGGACAGCCGAAGAAAGGGGAGACCAUCUUCAUCUCGUCAGCUGCCGGUGCGGUGGGACAGAUCGUUGGGAUUCUCGCCAAGCACGAAGGACUGAAAGUAAUCGGGAGUGUUGGCUCCGACCAAAAACUGGACUAUAUCGUGCAGGAUUUGGGCUUUGAUGGCGGAUUCAAUUACAAAACGGAGGAUGCGUUGGUUGCAUUAAAGAGACUAGUACCCGAGGGUCUUGAUAUCUACUACGAUAAUGUCGGAGGGACCCAGCUGGACGCGGCACUCGAGUCGAUGAAACUCUUUGGAAGGAUCGUGGCCUGUGGGAUGAUUUCUGACUAUAACAACCCCCCGGAAAAAUGGUAUGGGGCGCGGAAGAUCAUGUAUGUGAUCGAUAAGCGACUGUCAAUGCGUGGCUUCAUCGUUUCUGACGACAAUAUGGGUCCUCGGUACAAGGAGAGACACCAGCAAACCGUGGGGAAAUUGCUGACCGACCCUCGGCAAAGGGCAAAAUUCAGAGUUGAUGAGAUGGGGGACGUGCAGACUGCUGCUGAAGCAUUUGUGGGUAUGCUUGCGGGCAAAAAUUUCGGAAAAGCCGUGGUCAGAAUGGCUGUUUGA